GUGUUUGCAUCGUUUGCCUUGCCCGUAUGGCGAAGGAGAAUCGUUCAGGACAUUGUCCUGCAUACUUUGAUGAACUUGUAGGACCAACGCGGGCCAGGUACAAAGAAAAAAUAGCCCUGUGCGACGGCGUGGAUCCCUAUGAGCUACGGGUUGGUGCUCAAGCCGCUGUUGAUGCAAGCCUGCUGCCAACGGUUACCCAUGUCGACAUUAUAAAUUAUCUGGUGCUCUCGACAAAUUAUGUUUCACUUGACCAGAUGAAGGCCUACAAAUCGCUGGACUCACACAAUUACUUUACGAGCGGAUGGGUCCGGAACAUCACUGCCAAGAAGUUGCCGUCUGAGCGUGUCGUCGUGCUUAGUCAGGUAAACCAUUCACAGCGCCUGCGGGAAGCACCACUAAAAGUUUGGCUCUUGGUUGACUUGGAUGGCAGUAUCAUCACUGCCCACUGUACCUGCAUGGCAGGUGCAAGAGAAGCUUGCUCUCAUGUUGGUGCAACUCUCUUUGCGGUGGAAACAGCAGUGCGGAUCAGAGACUCUGCGACUUGCACGGACAAGAGCAAUGUGUGGCUCCCUGCAUACAGCCCUACGACUGAGUUCAAACGGCUCCAAGACAUUGACUUUUCGUCGUCUAAGGCCAAGAAAAAAAGAAUGGACACCAUCCACAUCGAUUCUCCCAACAUCCAUCAGCCAUCCCGACCAGUGCCAAAAGUUCCUGCUCCAACACCAGAUGAACUCGAACGGAAUGAGCUGCUACAUCGCAUAUUCUUGCUGCUUCGUUGA